UCUCGCCUCACUCAGUGCAGGAGUCUUCACCCCUCCCGGCGGGUUCUGAUUAGCCACUUCCGACGCGUCUCGGGGUCCCGAUUGGCCCGCCGGGUCCCUAAGCCCGCUCCCUCCCCCCGGGAAGCGACUACGGCGGCUCCGAGGAGGGGGAGGGGCAAGGAGGGACGGCCGGUCCCCGUCAGUCAGGCAGCGGGAGCCGCCGGGAGCGGAUGGCGGCGGCGGUGGCGGCCCCACUCGCCGCCGGGGGUGAGGAGGCGGCGGCCACGACCUCCGUCCCAGGGUCUCCAGGUCUGCCCGGGAGCCGCAGUGCAGAGCGGGCCCUAGAGGAGGCCGUGGCUACCGGGACCCUGAACCUGUCUAACCGGCGUUUGAAGCACUUCCCCCGGGGCGCGGCUCGCAGCUACGACCUGUCAGACAUCACCCAGGCUGACCUGUCCCGGAACCGGUUCCCCGAGGUGCCAGAGGCGGCCUGCCAGCUGGUGUCCCUGGAGGGCCUGAGCCUGUAUCACAAUUGUCUGAGAUGCCUGAACCCAGCCUUAGGGAAUCUCACCGCUCUCACCUACCUCAACCUCAGCCGAAACCAGCUGUCAUCGCUGCCGCCCUACAUCUGUCAGCUGCCCCUGCGAGUGCUCAUUGUCAGCAACAACAAACUGGGAGCCCUGCCUCCCGACAUCAGUGCCCUGGGGAGCCUGCGACAGCUCGACGUGAGCAGCAAUGAGCUGCAGUCGCUCCCCACGGAGCUGUGCAGCCUCCCUACCCUGCGGGAUCUCAACGUUCGGAGGAACCAGCUCAGUACCCUACCUGAUGAGCUGGGGGACCUUCCUCUUGUCCGCCUGGAUUUCUCCUGUAACCGUGUCUCCCGCAUCCCGGUCUCCUUCUGCCGCCUCAGGCACCUGCAGGUCAUUCUGUUGGACAGCAACCCCCUGCAGAGCCCACCUGCCCAGAUCUGCCUGAAGGGGAAACUUCACAUCUUCAAGUAUUUGUCGACAGAGGCUGGGCGGCGCGGCGGGUCUGCACUGGGAGACCUUGCUCCUUCCCGCCCCCCGAGUUUCAGCCCAUGCCCUGCCGAGGACUUGUUUCCAGGACGUCGGUACGAUGGCGGGCUGGACUCGGGCUUCCACAGCGUUGACAGUGGCAGCAAGAGGUGGUCUGGAAAUGAGUCAACGGAUGAGUUCUCCGAGUUGUCCUUCCGGAUCUCAGAGCUGGCCCGGGAGCCUCGGGGGCCCAGGGAGCAAAGGGAGGAUGGCUCUGCUGACGGAGACCCUGAGCAGAUCGACUUCAUCGACAGCCACAUGCCUGGGGAGGAUGAGGAGCGUGGUACCAGCGAGGAGCCGCGGCCACCGGAGUCGGAGUCGAGCCCUGCGGCGGGAGACGCAGAGAGGGCGCCACGCAGCAGGCGGGAGGAGCCGGCAGGGGAGGAGCGGCGGCGCCCCGACACCUUGCAGCUGUGGCAGGAGCGCGAGCGGCGGCAGCAGCAGAGCGCCUUGUGGGGGGCCCCACGGAAGGACAGUUUUCUGAAGCUGGGGGUCAGGGCUGCUGGCGGGGGUCCCGGUGCCUUGUCCACUCAGGCCGCCUACAACGGCACGUCCAGGUCCAACACCACUCAGCUGGGAGCGUCAGCCGGGCAGGGAGCCCCCACCCCUGCCCCUGCCUCCACCUCCCAGGAGCCCCCGCUUCCAUCUGGACCAGCGACCGCACCUGCUCCCCGGCCGCUCAGCUCCAUUCAGAGACCAAACAGCUUCCUCUUCCGUUCUUCCUCUCAGAGCAGCUCAGGCCCUUCCUCACCAGACACUGUCUUGAGACCUCGGCGAUCCCCCCAGCUUUUGGACGAAAAGGAGGUGAUGGCUCAGCUGCGCCAGGUGCUUGAGUGCCAGCUGCAGCGGCCCCUGCCCGAUGACCUGGCCGAGGCUCUGGCCAACGGGGUCAUCCUCUGUCAGCUGGCCAAUCAGCUGCGGCCCCGCUGUGUGCCCUUCAUUCAUGUGCCCUCGCCUGCUGUGCCAAAACUCAGUGCCCUCAAGUCUCGGAAGAACGUGGAGAGUUUCUUAGAAGCCUGUCGAAAAAUGGGGGUACCUGAGGCUGGCCUGUGCUCGCCCUCAGAUCUCCUCCAGGGCACCGCCCAGGGGCUGUGGACCACCCUGGAGGUUGUGAAGCGGGUGGGGGGCAGGGCCCCCCCGCCCCCCUGGCCCCCCUCUGGUCUGGGCGGCUUCAUCCUCUUCUACGUGGUCCUCAUGCUGCUGCUCUGUGUCGUCUACACUCGGCUCCUGGGUUCCUAGGACCUGAAGCCACCCCUCCCCCCACCCUACCCUCUUUCUAUUUAUAAGACUCCUGUGCAACCCCCUCCCCACCAGUGGUGCCUUCAGCCCCUACCAAAGACACUAGUGAACCCCACCCCUCAUACACACUGACUUCAGAGGCCCCACUCUGGUAGCCCCAGACCCUGGGCCCCCAGCCUCUGGUCCCCUCCGGUAGCCCUCCUCCUGCCCCUCCCCCUGCGUGCUGAUGGUGCCUUCAAGUCCUCUCCCUGCUUCCCCAGAGGGUGGAUCUUAACCUUCCUCCUUGCACCCCCUCACCCCCCGCUGCUAUAGGGGGCUAAAUUAUCUAUAUUUUGUAGAGAGAACUCUAUAUUUGUAGGGGAUGCAGGGGCCCAAGCUGGGCCCCUGUCUCGUGUAUAAAUUGUACAGAUCGUGGCCACCUGUGUGUUUGUGUGUGUGUGUGCGCGUGUGCGCGCGCGCGUAUGCGUGCAUCUGCUCCUGCUGUGCUGGGCCCACCCCCAGCCGUGUCCCCUGGGCUCUGUGUGCCAGCCCGUCUACUCCAGCAUUUUCCUCUGAAAGUGGCAGGUCUGUCCUCCCCUCUAAGCCUCGGCCCGCUGUGUCAUCUCCCUUCUGUUGCCCUCUGGCAGCUUCCUUGCAUCUCAGUAGUCCCCAGGCCAUGUCCAUGGUGCCCUUGACCUUUGCCUGCUACAUCCCGUCAGCCCUCUUGGUCCAGGCUCCUUUAGGGUGUCUCCUACCCCACAGCCGAGAGGAGGAGGUGACAAGGGGAACUUAACCCGGGCCCAUUCCCCCAGGAGUCCCUGUGCCAGCCCCACCACAUCCUGGAAGAGGAGGGGGCCCCAGGAAGGGGCCUCCCCUACGUCGCUGCUGUCAUCCAUGCACUGCUGGAACGGCCUUAGGGUUGAGGUCGGGGUGCAGGGGCCCAACCCGGCGGGGGCCCCAGGAACCGAAGACAGCGGCAUCUGGGCUCUGCUCUCUAGCGAGGACUGGUGAGGGCGGCCUCGGGCCUGGCCCUAUGCCUCGGGCACCUCUGCCCAGGAGGUUGGAAGCAGCCCGGCCCCGCAAGGCAAACUGCCGCCUCUGGGUGCGGUCAAGGGUUUGGGAUGGAAGACGGGGAGCUGGAUGUUGUGUCAAGUGCAAUAAAGAGAAGCCGGAA